CCCGUUUCUGCGACUUGACUCACUGCAAAACCCGAAGCUGAGCUCGGAGCCAAACAUGUCGAGAGAUGGAAACGGAAACGAUACCCUGCCGAGAAAGGCAGCGAGCUUAGAGAAAGACGAAGCUCCGUCAAAGAGGGAUUCCAGAAAAGCACGAGUAAAUUCUGAUGUAGACUCAGAAACCGACAGAAAGCACAGUAAUUCCAGGAGGAAAGCGCGAGGAAGCUCGGAUUCUGACAGCGAGAAACCACACAGGAGGAAGAGGAAAUCGCGGAGGCGCUACAACAGCGACUCGGAUUCCGAUUCCGGUUCGAGUUCCAGUUCGGAGGAGGAAGAUUCGGAGCGGUCCGGUUCGGAGUCGGAAUUGGAAUCGGAGAGCGAGGAGGAGAGGAAGGAAAGGAAGAGGAAGGAGAAGAGGAGGAGGAGGGAGCGGGAGGAAGAAAGGGAGAGGAAGAGAAGGCGGAGAGAGAAAGAGAGGAAGAAGCGGAAGAAGGAGAAAGAAGAGGAGAGAAGGAAGAAAGAGAAGCUGAAGAAGAAGAAAAAGAAGGACAAGAAGAAGAAGGAGAAGCAGGAGAGAGGGAAGAAGGGAGCAGUGACAAAUUCUUGGGGAAAAUAUGGUGUUAUUAGAGAAACUGAUAUGUGGACUAAACGACCAGAGUUCACUGCAUGGUUGGCAGAAGUAAAGCAGGUGAAUCUGGAGAAUCUGGCCAAUUGGGAAGAAAAACAGAUGUUCAAAGAGUUCAUGGAGGAUCACAACACAGCUACCUUUCCUUCCAAAAAGUACUAUGAUCUUGAUGCUUACUACAGGCGUCAAAUGGAAAAAGAGAGGCAAAAAGGUGUUAAGAAGAUCCAGGCAACAGAACGUACUGUUUUCAACGAUGAGGAACAGCGCAGGCAAGAAUUGUUGCAAGCUCGUGAAAAGCAUAAGGAAGAGCAAGUGAUGGUAUUGAAACGCUCUAUGCAAAGUGGAAUGGCACAAGCAAUGAAGGAGCAAGCUCAACUCAGGGAGGAGAUGGCUUACCAGUACAAGCUUGGAAACUUUGAGGCUGCUGCUGCUAUCCAGAGAAGGUUGGAUCCUGAUGCUGCCAUAUAGUUGGACAUGACUUACUGUAAAUUGAAGAAUCAGGUGAUAGAGUGACGAUGAUCUUGUCACCGUGACAAUCUCAUUUUAUGCCAGCUAUGCAUCUUUUGGCAUAUUGGGUCAGCAUUUGCCGCUUGACCCAAAAAAACUGAGUUAGCAUUUGCCGUCGAGGAGUUAUUUUCCGAUAGAUGAGUAAAUGUUCACUGUUAUAACGUAUUAACAUUGCUAAUCGAAGAGUGUUGCUUCUUCACAAGAUGGAGAUUUUGGCGUUGUAUUCGAUCAAAGUGACCAUUUCAAAACGGUUGAGUCCGAGCUACAUGCCAUCUGGUGUCCAUCCCUCAUCACUCGAACAGAUUGAAAUUGGCUGUGGCAUGUGUAAAGUCUCUCGUUGGUGGAAAAUUUGUUUUCCCGUUCAUCUUUCCAAAAGAUCUUUUAUCUGAAACUUUUUAUUUUUAAGGAUGGAUUUGGAUAUAUAAUUUAAUUGAGCACAUGUUUAAUAAUUUUUAAAAGAAAUCUUAGGUUAGUUUUCAUAAAAAGGUUUAAAAAUAGUUACUGGAGACAAAUUAUUUUCAUUAGUUUCUUCAUAUGUCUCUUCAAUAUUAGUCAAGGCUUGGGGCCUUUCUUUUGACUGUGUAACGAGUAAUAAAGAGGGAAACGUUUUGUACUGUGCGUUGAUUAUUU